AUGAACACUGACGGUUCCUUACAACUAGUCUCCCGGCACAUCGCGCCAGAAAUGAUGAUUCUGGACGGUCCACACAAUGGCUGGAGAUAUCUUAUUCUACCCAUGGCACGAACCGACUCCUUGGUGCGAGAUGCUAUUUUGGCCGUUUCGUGUUUCCAUCUGUGCCUCUCUUCCAUCAACACGCGCUGCCCAUCUGCUGAGGACGCUGUGUCCCAGUGGCAAUUCCCAGGUCCGGGUCUGAACCCUCGUCACCUCUACGCACGUGCUAUCAAGGGACUUCACUCUCGGCAGCUUAUGUCUUACGAUGGCGCCAGUCAGCUCCCAAUCCUCGUCACCAUCAUGGUCCUGUUGACGAGUUCUAUGGUGACAGGCGAUCAAGAUUUUCCGAUUUUGUUCCGCAUGCUGCAGUCCGCUUUUGACGCGCUGGGAGGAGAGCAAGGCCUGGGACAAUGCGAUUUAGCAGCGUUCUUGGUUCGCCAAAUUCACAAGCUCUUUGUCUACGCAGCACCACUGAUCAGCCAGGAGAAUGGACUGCAAACGAUGCAGUCACCUGUCCGCAUGAUGCAAGUGUUUGAAUGUCUCAACUACUGCGCACAGCAACAGCCAAAACAUCAACAGGUCAUCACCACAGCCAUCAGUCUAAUCCACCAGGCACGCGAAAUCUAUCUUAAUCAGACACCACCUUUGCAAAGAUCUAGCGAAGACCCGUUCGUCUCGGCGCGAUCAGUUGCGCGCGUCCAGGCCUUCAUCGACACGCUACAGUGCUUUCCACAAGAUCAACCGGGUGAACAUGUUUUAUUGUGGGCUUCCUUUGUAGCUGCGUCUGAUUGUACGAUUGAUGUACACAAGGAUUACUUUGAGUCUUUUUUUCGACGGCACCAUGCUCGGAACGGCUUCAUGAACCUACUGAAGGCAGUUGACUUUCUUCGUCGUAUUUGGGGUCGAGGGUUACCUGAGAAGUGGGCAUGUUUAUUACCAGAGGAGAAGUUGUUUGUCAUGUAA